UAAAGGUUGACUCUGGAGCGCUGUAUUUGGAUUGCAUGCUUUGGUGAGUUGGGCACGGCUUCCGUAUAAAGGCAACUUUUUUUCACUUCGACCUUGAAAAAUGUUAAUCACCGAAGGAGAUCAUGUUCUAUUAUUCAAAGAACAUUGCUACAAAUUCGUCAAAAUCUCCUCAGAGAAGAGAGAGACAUUUGAUGGAAAAGUAUUCUCUCUAAGGAAUGCGAUUGGUGUGCCAUUUGGCUCUAAAUUUUUCGUUUCAGGAGAUCAAAUUCAUCCCACUAAACAUGAGUCAAUAAUUGAUAUAGAAAUUCCACCGAAUAAUGAAGAAAAAUAUGGUGCGGUUGGUUUAAAAGAUAACAGAAAUAUCAAAGUUUCUCAAGCUAAUCAGAAAUUAUCUGGUUCAUAUAUCGAACAAUUGCGUCUUAAUGGUGUUUCAGGACAAGAUAUAUUAGACCAAUUAGUAGAAGGCAACCUAAAUUUUGAACAGAAAACACCAUUCUCUCAACAAAAGUACCUCAAGAAAAAGAAAGAUCGGCACCUGAGUUUAUUCUCAAUUGAAAAGCCUAAAGCGCGCAUAUGUUUUGAAAUAUUCAGUAAUCUUCGCCCAGAAAAGUGUCUUGGACUGCGUUUCGAGACAGUAUGUCGUAUCCUGUCUUAUGCUAAUAUUCAUGCAGGAUCAACUGUUCUUCUUUGUGAAACUUGUUCUGGACUUAUCACAGCCGCUACACUCGAACGUAUUGGCACAGAUCAACCAAAAGGAUCUGUGAUUCAAUUUUACCAUGGUUCAUCGUUUCCGCAAUCAGAAAUUAGUUCUGCAUACACACAUUCGUACAGUGGAAAAGUUCAUCCUGUUCGUUUAUUGGAUGUAUUACCAAUCUUGUUAUACAAAGCUACUUUAGAUACCAAUCACGAAUUUGAGGCCAAUCAUCUGGAUGACAGCAAUUCCCAAAUUUCGUCUAAGAUUCGUAAAAUCGAUGAAGAUAUUUCUUCUGAGGAGAUAGCUCAGAGUGAAAACCGAAACUCACCAAAACAAUCCAAAAGCAGUGAAUAUUACAUUUCAUCAUUCAACCAAAUCUUUGGAAAUAAUCGUCCUACACCAGAUUCACUUGUCAUCGUUACUCGAUUUCAUCCGGUCGAUUUAACUUUAACCUUACUUCAAUUUCUACCUAUCGGGCGGCCAUUUGUAGUUUAUACACAAUAUAUACAACCCCUUGUUGAUCUGUACAAUGUUUUAAAACGACGCGGUGGAAUAACACAUCUUCGUUUAACCGAUAGCUGGUUUCGACAUAUUCAAGUAUUACCAGAGAGAACGCAUCCUGAAAUUAAUACGUCAUGUUCAAAUGGUUACCUUUUAACCGGUUAUACAGUGGAACCUGUAUUAAGUACAAAAGAAUUUUUAGAGUCUGGAAUUUUAUCAUCUUUUGGUUGAUUUAAUGUUUGAAAUGCUUUUUUAAUUCUUCGGAAUGUAUGGGUGAUGUAUAUGUAUAGUCUUUCCAUAUUUUAUACAGAUGUUUUUGUAACCGAAAUAGUUUUUGAAUUCAAUAUCUUGGUUUUCCUUUAACAGUUUAUAUAUCAUGUCACAUUUCCACGGUCAAUAAAAACUAUAGGUACAGUUCUGUAA